ACGCAGACUAAGGCAUCACCUUCAUCAUCAUGGCCUACAGAAAAACCAUAACUAAUCGCUUCUUCAACAUGGCCAAAUCAUCCUUCUCUUUCUCUUCUCGAACCACCACCACAAUGACUUUUCCUCCCUUCAUCAACAACGAGUCUAACGGUAGCGAAGAACACAGAGGAUUUCUUCGAGGGCUCUAUCCAUAUCUUCCGGCAGGUGACAAGCUUGUGAACAGAAUCCAAGCGUCGACGUCGAAGGGAGAGGACCUGAGAGAGGGGGUGAAUUAUAUAUCGAUAACGGAUACAAAGAAGGUGCUCAGAGCUUCACAGGUGGAGGCCGUGAGGAGGAGGCUGCGGGGGAUACCCAAUAGUCAGGUUUCCUACUCGGAGUUCGUAGGGAUAUGCAGCGAUGUUGGUGGGGGUUUUGAGCCGGGGAUGAGUGUAGCCAAGCUUCUUGAUGAUUCGGGUGCUGUCAUCGUUUUGGGGAAUGUCGUCUUUCUUCGCCCUGACCAGGUAGCAAGAGCAAUCGAGAGCGUGAUGCCCCUACCAACUCCAAAGGAGAACAAGAACGACCCAAGAGUAGACGAGCUCAGGGCAAUGGAGGAGGAAAAAGCUGAGAUAGAUGUAAAGGCAGAGGCGCUGGUGAGGAGAGAGCUGUGGUGUGGGCUGGGAUUGCUGCUUCUGCAAACAACAGGAUUCAUGCGCCUGACUUUCUGGGAGUUGUCGUGGGAUGUGAUGGAGCCCAUCUGUUUCUACGUCACUUCCGUGUAUUUCAUGGCGAGUUAUGCCUUCUUUCUGAGGACGUCGAGGGAACCUUCUUUUGAGGGGUUCUUCGAGAGUCGGUUCUCUGCGAAGCAGAAGCGGCUCAUGAAGACGCAAAAUUUUGACAUGGAGAGGUUCAAUGAGCUCAGGAAAGCUUGCCAUGGUCAACAACACAAGGAUAAGAACUUGCCGAGUGUUAAUAAUCGGUAGAAGAAUUGGCGUGGGGUUUGUAGAUGCAAUUAUCAAAUUAAUUGAAAAAGAAGGUGAGGGAGAAUUUGUCGAUAGUUAAUAGAAGUAGCAUGCACAGAGCC